UGAAAUUAAGGCUUUGUUACCUCCUUUCAUACCUUUCUCUACCCAGGGUAUUACAGGCAUGUGUUGCUGUAGGCCCCAUUUUCAGGACAGCCAGCAGCAGAAUUCCCCAUUUCUCCCGUUGGCUCUUUGCAGUGUUGCCCAUGCUGUUGGCUGCUCCGUGGAGCCCUUUACGUAACCUUCUCCCACCCUGGGCUUGCUCUCACCUGGCAGAACCGGCCAGGCUUUCGAGUGUCUGCCUUAACAAUUCUCCCUGUUCUCAUGCACACACAGCAGUUUGCAAUGGAUGGCCCUCUCCAUCACUCCUAGAAAAACCUCCAAGGGAAUUUUGUAGAGUGCAAGCAUGAGUUUUAUGUCAAAUGGAUUCAAUGUGGACAGGAUUAAGCAUGUAAAAACAAAACACUGCAUGGUUGUAGAGUGGCAAAAAGCAGCCAAGAAGGGCUUAACACUUAUAGGGAAUCUGAAAGGUGCCUGUUAUUACUCUUGAUGAUUAGAUUUUGUGAUUCAGCUCUUCAGUUUGCUUUAAGAUAGUGAAAAAAGAAAAAAAAAAAAACAAACUUGACCUUGACCUCAAGAGUACAGCUUGACCCCAGUGUUACUUCUUUUCUUGUUCUCAUAAUACCUUCCUUAUAUUUAAGGAAAGUUUUAACAGCCAAACCACCUGACCCCACAGCAGAAGGGGGCUUAGCCUAGUGAGUGCCACACAUAAUUUUUAUUCUUUUGAAGGGAAAAAAAUGCCUCCUGGUAGGCAGCCAGCAAGUGCAGGUGGAAUUUGCCUUCACUUGAUUAUAAUCAGCUUUGUCCCUUUGUUGAUGUCACCUCAGCUAUAUGCUGUUGCCACCUUCUUAUCCAACCACUUUCUGUCAUAAAGCUCAGCAGGGAAAAUAAACUGAGGCCAAAACAACAUAUAGAAAUGUCUUGGCAAGAUUUGGCUGUUCAUUUGAAGUGUUUUUCUUUUUUCUGUGGGUAGGAGAUGAAGUCAGAGCUGUGUUGUUUCAUAUAUAAGGAUCAUUAUUUUUAGACCAGUGGCAGUUCUUAGCCUCUCCAUGUAAUCUGCUCAGACGGAGCCACGCGAGGCAGCAGCGUUUGCAUGAACUGUCUGUGGGGCUCAGUCACUGAUGUUGAAUAUAACUUGAGCUUUGGAGGUGUGAAUGCUCAAAGCACUGAAUUGUAUGGUUCAUCUAUGUCAAGGUCUUUUAGGCAUGGCAGCUUUUCAUAAAACCAGUUGUUAGUCUGUUGGUGUUCGAUGUCGACUGGGGGAGAUCCAGGCCUGUCCUGCUGACUGUGGCCAAAGUGCCCCUGAGUUGGAGAAAGUGCACGUAUUGCAGCCAUGAAUCUCUGCGUGUUCCCAGCAGCCAGGACAGUGCAUGUAGAGGGAAUCUUGGUACAUUUAAAGGUUAUCAGGGCCCAUUCUGAAAAACACCAGCUGAACCACGUGCGUUUGGUACUGCCAGUGGGAAGGUUUGCCUAGGGUGUCAUCCCUCAGCUAUACAUAGCAAACUCAAAGCUUCUUACAGAGAAACCUCUUACCAGUCACUUUCCACAAAUGGUGCCUAUACCUAAAGGUACUUAGUGAAAAUCCUUGAGAGGUAUUUAAUGCAAAAGCAGUUUGUUUCUCUGGUGUUUUUCAGAAGCCCUCACACACUAGCAGGCAGAAGUGCAGUGCAGCUACAGCACAGCUCCUGGGCCAGUUACUCAUUUUAUCUGAACCAGGCUCUGCCACCCCGAGGGCUUGCCAAGAUGUGUGACAUGGGGGGGCUCGACAACCUGAUUGCCAACACUGCCUACCUCCAGGCAAGGAAGAGUGGAGAAGGAGACACCAAGGAAAUGCAAAAGAGGCGUAAGAGCCUCUCACUGCCCAAGAUUGAUGAGUGCAAAGAGCAUAGAGAGUCCAUUGCUGGUGAUUAUGACAGCAUCUGUGAACAGCAGCCCAUUGGCAAGAAAUUCUUCAGAGACUUCUUAGAGACAGUGCCAGAAUAUUUGGUAGCUAGGGACUUCCUGGAUGAGGUGUCAAACUGGGAGUUGGCAGAGGACAAUCUCAAGAGCAGUACCAUGGAGAAUAUUGUCACCAAUUUUCUUAAGGAAGGCGCUAAAAACUAUCUGUCUUUCAUGAGCUCUGACUUGGUCAGCAAAUGCAAAGCAGCUACUGCAAAAGACUACGAGAACAUCAUGCACCUGGCCAAGGAGGAAACCAAAGUCUUCUUUAAAGACAAGCCCUUCCAGGACUUCCAGAACAGCCCCUUCUAUGACAAAUUCAUCCAAUGGAAAGUGUUUGAGAAACAGCCAGUAACUGAUAAAUACUUCUCUGAGUUCCGAGUGUUGGGCAAAGGUGGCUUUGGAGAGGUUUGUGCCAUCCAGGUCAAAAAUACUGGCAAGAUGUAUGCCUGCAAGAAACUGGAUAAGAAAAGGUUGAAAAAGAAAAGUGGAGAGAAGAUGGCACUGCUGGAGAAAGAGAUCCUGGAGAAGGUUAACAGCCCUUUCAUAGUCACACUAGCUUAUGCCUAUGAGACCAAAACCCAUCUGUGUCUUGUUAUGAGCCUCAUGAAUGGAGGGGAUCUGAAGUAUCACAUCUACAAUGUGGGAGAAAGGGGUUUGGAAAUGAAAAGGAUCAUCUUUUAUUCAGCUCAGAUCACCUGUGGGAUUCUGCAUCUCCAUUCCAUCAAAAUUGUGUACCGGGAUAUGAAACCAGAGAAUGUCCUUCUGGAUGACAAUGGGAAUUGCAGACUGUCUGAUCUUGGAUUGGCAGUGCAAGUCAAAGAGGGAAAAAGCAUCACCCAGAGGGCUGGGACCAAUGGUUACAUGGCUCCGGAAAUCCUGAAGGAAGAGGACUACAGCUAUCCCGUGGACUGGUUUGCUAUGGGGUGUACUAUUUAUGAGAUGGUUGCUGGGCGAACACCAUUCAAGGAUUUCAAAGAAAAGGUCAAUAAGGAUGAGGUUAGAAGAAGAACUCUGGAAGAUGAGGUGAAAUUUGAACAUGCCAGCUUUACAGAGGAAGCAAAAGAUAUUUGCAAGCUGUUUUUGGCUAAGAAAAAAGAGGACCGUUUAGGAAGCAGGAAUGACGACGAUGACCCAAGAAAACACAGCUUCUUCAAAACUAUAAAUUUCCACAGGUUAGAGGCAAACCUUAUUGACCCUCCAUUUGUGCCAGAUCCAUCAGUUGUCUAUGCCAAAGAUGUUGCAGACAUUGCUGACUUCUCUGAAAUACGAGGAAUUGAGUUUGAUGACAAAGACAAGAAGUUCUUCAAAAAGUUUGCGACAGGUGCUGUCCCUAUACCCUGGCAGGAAGAAAUCAUUGAAACGGGACUGUUUGAUGAACUGAAUGAUCCCAACAGAGUAGUUUCUGGAGGUUAUGCAAAUGGAGGGGAAGCUAAGUCAGGAGUUUGUUUGUUGUUGUAAUUAUAUCUUUACCAAAAAGAGUAGAAAUCACCUCAGAACUUUCCAUAUUCUGACUCUGUUUCAGAAACUCAGUACAUCUGUUUGAGAAGAGCCAGCCAGUGUAAUGUGACAUUGACAGGCUAUGUAGGACCACCAGCUGAAUAGACUGUAUUAUUUUCCUUUGCUCUAAGAAAGGAGAUAUUUUUGUGUUAUUGGAGACUAAUCAAAUGAAGAACCAUAUUUCUCCAAGAAGCUUAGAAUAGAAAUUCUGAAAUACAAAAAGCAGUGAUAGAGUGAAGAGGCAAAAGCUUUUGAAAGUGAUUGUUACUGCUUUGAAUACAAUGAUUCAUUGGUUUUCUUUCCUUUUUUCUUGUUAUUUCUACUAACAUUUCCUCUUUGUUCACAGUUUUCAGGAAGGAAUUUUUAAUUUUCAAGUAAUCUUGGACAGUGGGGCUCAUACACCCUGUCAAACUUGGAAUCUUACUGGUUAGCCAGUCUGUCUGUUAAAUUCUGUUAGUUUUGGGUGGUUUAUUGUAAUAUGUUCAAAUUGUCAUAAGAUAUAAAGAAAGCUCUACAUAUCACUUGGAAAUAAGAACAACAGGAUCAAACUCUUUGCAAAAGUGAUUUUAAUGAAGAUAAGAUUGCAUCAAUUUAAUGGAAUAAAGCAUUUAUAAUUAUUAUUAUUACUAAGUGUAUUCUUAAAAGUGAUAAUACUAUAUACAAAGAAAAUGUAUUUACAAUUAAAUACACAUUCCUUUUGGCAAUUUUAAACUUUUAUCAGAUUUCCUGAUAAUUUUUCUGUAUUUUGGUGAUAAAUUAAGCUACAGAUAGACCAAAGCAAUUUGUAAUUGACUUCUUACAAGACAUUUAUUUCAGUGUAAUGUAGAUUUUAAUUCAAGUUGCAAAAUGCAUUAUACUGUUAAGUGCUGUAAUGGUGAAAAAGUUAUGUGUGCAAGUUGAAACUAUCUUCAAAUGUUUAUUGAUUCUCAUGCAAAUUUUGAAGUGUUUUUAUUUUUCAAUUUUAUGACAACCUAAAUUGAAUUACUUGGAAAUAUUGCUAUGAAUACUUGGUACUGGUGAAGUACAUUACUCAUGAGAUGCCUCCUGCUGAUUUUCUGUGAUAAGAAAAUAGGCAGUUGUUCUUUGCACAACUUCUAAAACUGACCCUGCACAUGCUGGUCACUGUCAUCUAUCCAGCCAUAAUUUCCAUUGACUAAAGUGGAAGUGGAAACUACUAGAUUCCUUGGAGUCCUGGAGGCUGCAAAUGCCCCAUUUUUUGUUUUUUAUACAGCAGACAUCCUACUGAACUCAAGGACUUCUUUUGGCUAGACACUGGUGUUAACUCACACGUCUGUUUUAGAGGAGGAAAACCUGUAUAUAAAAUGUCUUCUGUACUCAGGUCUGUCAUGUGGAGCACAGAGCAUUGGUACUUUUUUAUAACCUAAUAGCACAUCCCAAACUCUUAAGUUUUAAAUACUGUAAGUGUUUUAGUCACAGCUAAGUAAUACAUUGUGUUGUUCUGAGUAGAAAAAGAAUUGCUCUUUUUUCCUUUUAAAUUUGCUUUUCCGGUGCUUUAUAUACUUAAUAUUGACGUGAAGAACAGUUUUACUUAGGAUUAAUGGGUAAUUCUGUUCAUGAAUUAUGAGCAUAAAAUUGUCUGCCUUUUGAAUUGAGACUUUCUGUCAAAUAAUUUAAAACAAUAUAGCUGAAUUCUGAUUUGGUCUUUUAAUUGAGAAGGAU